GAGUGGAUUUCGCAACACCGGAAACAGGAACUGAGCCGUAGCACGGGGAAGCCAUCUUACUGUCUCCCGGGAAGAUGACCGGGAAGUCGGUUCGGGACGUGGAGCGGUACCAGGCCGUACUGUCUGAGCUGCUGCUGCGGGAGGAGAACAAGUUCUGCGCGGACUGCAAAGCGAAAGGACCAAGAUGGGCCUCUUGGAAUAUUGGGGUAUUUGUGUGCAUUCGCUGCGCUGGUGUCCACAGGAACCUGGGAGUCCACAUAUCCCGGGUGAAGUCUGUCAACUUAGAUCAGUGGACCCAGGAGCAGAUACAGUGCAUGGAAGAGAUGGGAAACGGGAAAGCAAAAAGACUGUAUGAAGCAUUCUUGCCUGAAAACUUUAUCCGACCGCAGACGGAUCAAGCGGUAGAAACCUUUAUUAGAGAGAAGUAUGAAAAGAAGAAAUAUUUGGAUCGCAGUAUAGACAUCAGUGCAUUUAGAAAAGAGAGAGAAAGCAAGUGGAAGAAAUCGGAGUCUGCUCCUGACAUAAAAUCGGAGCCCAUCGUAUUUGAGAAGGUUAAACUGCCACAAAAAAAGGAUGAAGUUCAGGCUCCCAAGGUGUCUCCACAGAAGCCAGCUGAACCUGUCAUGGAUCUGUUAGGCUUAGAUUCUCCAGUUGCUAUUACUGUUCCUAAUGGAAAAUCAAACACCAGCUUGGAGAAGGAAUUGGACCUUUUUGGGCCUACAUCAGGUUCUAAACCCAGCCAGGCCGGCAGUUCCAUGCCCUUAACUGGAAGUUCGGGAUCUGUGCCUGAGAAUCUCAACCUGUUCCCAGAGACAAGUGGGAAACCAGCCGAAGGUACCAAGAAGCAGCUUUCCAAGGAUUCUAUCCUAUCCUUGUAUGGCCCUCAGACCCCUCAGAUUCCAGCCCAAGGAGGCCUCUUCAUGGCACCAACACAAAUGGCAUACCCAAGUGCUUACACUGGAUUUCCAGCUGUUCCGUCUCCUGGUGGUGUAAUGGGUGGUAUGAUGGCCUCGCCAUUAGGCAUCGUGACUCAGCCAGCUCACCCUGGCAUGGUUGCUCCCAUGGCUGUUCCAGCUGGAUAUGUGGGUGGAAUGCAGGCAGCAGUCAUGGGGGUCCCGAAUGGAAUGAUGGCACAGCAUGCAGGUUGUGUGACUGGCAUCAGUGCUGUGGCGCAGCCAAUGUACGGUAUGCAACCAGGGCAGCAACUCCAAUGGAAUGUCGCUCAGGUGUCUCAGCAGAUGGCAGGAAUGACUUUUUUUGGAGUAGGAAGCAUGGGAGGAUAUGGACAGCCUACAGCUAACCAGGGACCCAACCAGACCCUCAGCUCACCUAUGUGGAAAUGAAACUGGGCAGAUUCAUACCCCUGUGAACUUCUCCACUUUUCCUGCAAUCCUGAAGAUUCCUUUACCAUUCACCUUAGUCCUCAAAGCUUUCAUCACUUAUUUUCUUGUCCGUGUAAUCUAACAGGGAUACAGACUAUAAUAAUCCCCCCCUACCCUUGCCAGUAUAGUGCAAUGCCGAGUGUUUUUGAAGAUGGCCACGUGCAUUCCCAGAAACUGAGCCACAUCCUGUUUAAAGGCAUCAGAAUGAGGACUGAAUGUGUUCAAAUAUCAAUAAGCUGGCAGGUGUUUUCCAGCAUGCAUCAGGCAUGUGUGCUGCUGCUGCCAGCUGAAUCCAAAUAACUGCAGUCAAGAGACCUGUAUUAAAGUUCUGCACCAGCAAGCCCUGUGGAUCUACAGGCCUCUCUCUCUCUCUCUCUCUCUCUCUCUCUCUCUACCCUGUAACAUAACUGGAAUUGCACAUGACUGUUUCCUAAUCCUUGGAGCAAAGCCUAGAAUUAUAAUACCGUGGCUGCUCCAUAUAGGGCUGAGUGGUGUGGAAGUGGAGAAUUCAGGCAAGACCUUGACACACAAAAUGAAUGCUAGAUUUUUUUUAUUUUUUAGUUGUUUCUCAGCUGUACUUCGAAAUAAUUCAAGGUAGAGUAAAAUGAAAGUGGCAUGUUAUUUCAGUGCCCAUUUUGUAGUUUUACUUUUUCAUGUUCUGUGUGCUUAAAAGAGUAAUAUAAUCAGAAACCAAUUCUACUAUACCAACCUUCUUUCUGCUUUCAUGGAAUUCACCAACAUCGGUAUUCUGUAUAAGUUAACAAAAGGAAACACCAAUAUGGCUUUUAUAAUGGCAAACCUGCUAGGAGGGAAAUGCCAGCUUAAAGUUG